CACAGACUAUCAAUUACUUACGGUACAAGCAAUAAUCAACUAGAUAAAGACGAUUUGAAAAUGUUCCCUAUCACAUCCAUGCAUGUUCUAUAAAUAUCAAGCAGAUCACCAAUCGUAUAUUGCAAUCCCAAGUUCCUACUUAAUUAAAUACUUUAAACUUAUAUACCCACCAUGAGAUCAGUUGCAGCAGCUGUGAGUUUCUUCACUCUCUGGCUAAUUUCCACGGCCGUAUGCACUGUGGCUCAGCCAGCAGUGCUAGAUACCGAUGGACAGUCUCUGGAAAGUGGAGUAGAAUACUACAUACUGCCGGCAAUAACUGAUGUAGCCGGAGGGCUAACCCUGAUCAACCGCAACAACUCCUGCCCAUUGUACGUUGGCCAGGAACCCAUCACAAGACCAGUUGUGUCACCGGGCCUUCCAGUCAUCUUCAAGCCAUACGCUAAUGGAGAGACAAUCAUCAGGGAGUCCAGGGACUUGACUGUUACGUUUCAAGCAAUCACAACGUGUAUACAAUCAAAUGCUUGGAGGGUAGGGGAAGAUGACCCUGCAGGGACUGGAAGGCGAUUCAUAGUGACUGGAGGAGAAGCAGAUUACUUUGCUAUUCAAAAUAAUGGAGGUGAUUACAAUUUCGUGUGGUGCCCUACUGAGUCCUGCCCAAAUUGUGAUAGACCCAGGUGUGGGUCUGCUGGAAUUUUGUUUCAGAAUGAUCAAGCGUUCUUGGUCUUGGAUGGUCCUGCAUUUCCCUUCCAAUUCACUAGGGUUUAAGUGAUUCUCUUCUGUAUGGUUCCCAAAAAAAUAGGUCAUUUUGGCAUUCAUUCAUAUUGUAAUGAUGAAUAGAUGGCAUGGAGAUGCAUAUUCCAUGGUUAUAUAUAUGUAGAAUAAAAUAUGAUAGGAAAAUAA